AUGCUGAGAAAGUCCAUUCCCGGCCCGUGUUCUGGUCCGAGUUGCCGGGCCCCCUGGCUCUCUUCUGGCAUUUUCUGCCUCUGCCUCAUUUUCUUGGUGGGCCAGGUGGGCUUGCUGCAGGGACACCCCCAGUGCCUAGAUUACGGGCCCCCCUUCCAGCCCCCUCUGCACCUCAAGUUUUGCUCUGACUAUGCUGACUUCGGCUGCUGUGACCAGCGUAGGGACCAUCGCAUCGCUGCCCGCUACAGGGACAUCAUGAACCACCUUAGCCUGAAGGGCCAUGAGCUGUGUGGAGGCCACGUUAAAGACAUCCUUUGCCAGGAGUGCUCACCCUAUGCAGCCCACCUCUACGAUGCUGAGAACCCUCUGACGCCUCUCCGGAAGCUUCCUGGACUUUGCUCUGACUACUGCUCUGCGUUCCACUCUAACUGCCACUCUGCCAUCUCCCUGCUGACCAAAGGUCAUGGCCUCCAGGAGUUCCAUGAAAAGGAUGGUGCCCACUUCUGCCACCUCCUCAAUCUUCCUGACAAAGGCUAUUGCUUCCCCAAUGUCCUGAGGAACGACCAUCUCAACCAUGACCUGGGUGUGGUGGCCAAGGACCAUCAGGGCUGCCUGCAACUCUGCCUGACUGAGGUGGCCAACGGGCUGAGGAACCCCGUUGCCAUGGUCCAUGCUGGGGAUGGCACCCAUCGCUUCUUUGUUGCUGAGCAGGUAGGAGUGGUGUGGGUCUACCUCCCAGAUGGGAGCCAUCUGGAGCAACCGUUCUUGGACCUCAGGAGCAUCGUUCUGACUACUCCAUGGAUUGGGGAUGAGAGAGGCUUCUUGGGGUUGGUUUUUCAUCCCAAAUUCCACCACAACCACAAGUUCUAUAUUUAUUAUUCAUGCCUUGGCAAAAAGAAGGUAGAAAAGAUCCGGAUUAGUGAGAUGAAGGUUUCUCGGGCUGAUCCCAACAAAGCGGACCCCAAAUCAGAGAGGGUCAUCUUGGAAAUAGAAGAACAUGACGUUUUGCCCAUCUAUGCCUAUGGCCGUGCAGUGGGGAAGUCGGUCACUGGAGGUUAUGUCUACCGUGGGUGUGAAUCCCCGAACCUCAAUGGCCUCUACAUCUUUGGGGACUUCAUGAGUGG